CAAGAGUAGUCUGCAAAGUAAAUACAGGUUUCUUCUCUGUAAAUUCACUUUGAGGAACAGAAAGAUUUCAUAAGUACUCUACUAUCCUGGUCAUCUUUAGUGCCCAUACUCUCAUUCAGGUAUCCAACUAUAAUUUUCCCCUGAAUAUCAGCUUUGUUGUGGAAUAUAAGCUUACUCUUGAAAACCAUGAAUCAAAUUUAUCUUUAGCACCACUUCAUUUAGAGAGAUCGUUAGUUGUACAAUUGCUGCAUCUAUUUCUUUCAAAAGGCUAGCUGCCUGCUAAUUUGUUGAGAAUUCAUCAGACAUUCCUGGAGGGCUCUGCUGUCAUUUGAUUUGCUUUGCCUGUAAAGAAAUAUGCGCUCAGAGCAAGGACUUGAGCGGUGAAGUCAUACCCUGCCUGGUGUUGUGACAUCACUGUGUCUCAAAGGAAACAAGGGUGGGGCUGGCAAAACCAGCAGCCUGAAGUGCCUUGCUGGCUUAACCUUUGCCUGAUGAAUGAAUGAGAUUCUCCUUUCUCAAAUUGAACUGCAUCGGAAGGUACUGUUUGGAGAACUGGAAGAACAAUCAACCAUGACGACUGAAUCAGGAUCAGACUCGGAAUCCAAGCCAGAGCAGGAGGCCGAGCCCCAAGAGGCAGCAGGUCCGCAGGGGCACGCAGGGGCGCAGCCAGUUCCAGAGCCUAGCAGCGAGGAGCAGCGACAGGCCUUGGAACAGUUUGAGGCUGCUGCAGCACACAGCACCCCCGUGAGGAAGGAGGUCACUGACAAGGAACGAGAGUUUGCUGCUGGAGUUGCAAAACAGCUCGAAUAUCAGCAAUUGGAAGACGAUAAACUUUCUCAGAAAUCAUCUAGCAGUAAACUCUCUCGAUCUCCAUUAAAGAUUGUUAAAAAGCCUAAAAGCAUGCAGUGCAAAGUGGUACUUCUAGAUGGAUCAGAAUAUACCUGUGAUGUGGAGAAACGCUCCAGAGGCCAAGUGCUGUUUGAUAAAGUAUGUGAACAUCUGAACUUGCUAGAAAAAGAUUACUUUGGACUUACAUAUCGGGAUGCUGAAAACCAAAAGAAUUGGUUGGACCCUGCUAAAGAAAUUAAAAAACAGAUUCGAAGUGGUGCUUGGCACUUUUCAUUUAAUGUGAAAUUUUACCCACCAGACCCUGCCCAGCUAUCUGAAGAUAUCACCAGGUACUACCUCUGCUUACAGUUGCGAGACGACAUCGUGUCGGGAAGGCUGCCCUGCUCCUUCGUCACGCUCGCCCUGUUGGGCUCCUACACUGUUCAGUCAGAACUUGGAGACUAUGACCCAGAUGAAUGCGGGAAUGACUAUAUUAGCGAGUUCCGAUUUGCACCAAACCACACAAAGGAACUGGAAGACAAAGUGAUCGAGCUGCACAAGAGCCACAGAGGAAUGACACCAGCAGAAGCAGAGAUGCAUUUCUUGGAAAAUGCCAAAAAGCUAUCCAUGUACGGGGUAGACUUACAUCAUGCCAAGGAUUCUGAAGGAGUAGAAAUUAUGUUAGGAGUUUGUGCAAGUGGUCUGUUGAUAUAUCGUGAUCGGCUGCGAAUAAACAGAUUUGCCUGGCCUAAGGUUCUGAAAAUUUCAUACAAGCGGAACAACUUUUACAUUAAGAUCCGGCCAGGAGAGUUUGAACAAUUCGAAAGCACCAUUGGGUUUAAGUUGCCAAACCAUCGAGCUGCCAAGCGUUUAUGGAAAGUAUGUGUGGAACACCAUACAUUUUUCAGACUCUUAUUACCAGAAGCACCUCCAAAGAAAUUCCUUACCUUGGGAUCCAAGUUUCGUUAUAGUGGCAGAACACAAGCCCAAACAAGAAGAGCCAGUGCGUUGAUAGAUCGUCCGGCCCCUUACUUUGAACGCUCAUCCAGUAAACGUUAUACUAUGUCCCGCAGCCUGGAUGGAGCAUCAGUGAAUGAAAACCAUGAAAUAUACAUGAAGGAUUCUGUGUCUGCUGCAGAGGUUGGUACUGGCCAGUACGCCACAACAAAGGGCAUCUCUCAGACUAACUUGAUCACCACUGUGACUCCGGAGAAAAAGGCCGAGGAGGAGGGAGACGAGGAAGAGGAUAGAAGGAAAAAGGCGGAAGAAGCAACGCCUGUUGCAGCCAUCCGGACCGAGGGAAAGUCACCUGGGCUUGGCACUGACUCAUGUCCCCUGCUCCCCUCAUCAGCUCAUUGUGUCCCUGCAUCUCCCACAGAGCUCCGUAGGAGGUGUAAGGAGAAUAACCACCAACCACUGGGGUGUGAGCCAACCAAAGACCCCGGGCUCAUGCACGGAGAGCCUGCCCUGGACUCUGAGGGCAAAGGGAAACCAUACUUAGGGGACCAAGAUGUGGCUUUUAGCUACAAACAGAAAACUGGCAAAGGCACUACCCUGUUUUCCUUCUCCUUGCAGCUCCCUGAGUCAUUCCCUUCUCUUCUAGAUGAUGACGGGUACCUCUCUUUUCCCAAUCUGUCUGAGACCAACCUCCUCCCCCAGAGCCUGCAGCAUUACCUCCCGAUCCGCUCACCCUCCCUCGUACCCUGCUUCCUCUUCAUCUUUUUCUUUCUGCUCUCCGCCUCCUUCUCAGUGCCAUAUGCCCUCACUCUCUCCUUCCCUCUGGCUAUGUGCCUCUGCUACCUGGAGCCCAAGGCGGCCUCCUUGAGUGCCUCACUAGACAAUGACCCGAGUGACAGUUCAGAGGAAGAGACCGACAGCGAGCGAACAGACACCGCAGCUGACGGGGAAACGACUGCCACUGAGUCGGACCAGGAGGAAGAUGCAGAGCUCAAGGCACAGGAGCUAGAUAAAACUCAAGAUGACCUGAUGAAACAUCAAACCAACAUUAGUGAGCUGAAAAGAACCUUUUUAGAAACCUCCACAGACACUGCCAUCACGAAUGAAUGGGAAAAGAGGCUUUCUACCUCCCCGGUGCGACUAGCUGCCAGGCAGGAGGACGCUCCCAUGAUUGAGCCACUUGUACCUGAAGAGACUAAACAGUCUACUGGUGAAAAACUCAUGGAUGGCUCUGAAAUCUUCAGUUUAUUAGAAUCUGCGAGAAAACCAACAGAAUUCAUAGGAGGGGUUACUACUUCUUCUCAAAGUUGGGUUCAGAAAAUAGAAAGCAAGACGGAGUCCAGCGAAAUAGAAACCGAAACAACCCAGCAACCCCAGCCAGUUAGCGAGGAGAAGGUUGUGCAGGAAACUGUGUUGGUGGAAGAGAGACAUGUAAUGAAUGUGCAUGCAAGUGGGGAUGCUUCUUACGCAGCAGGAGAGGACAUGGAAGCUGCAGCACAGGCAGCAUCUGCUGAUGCUUCUAGUGUUAAAGGGAAGGAGGGCUCUGUUCUGACUGAUGGGGCUAAAGAGGACAAAGGGGAGGUGGCCGAUAAAGCUGUACUGAAGCAGGAAGAAAUGGCCACUGCUUCCCGUAAGCCAGAGGAGGAGCAGAAUGCAGCAAAUCGCCUUUCUGAAACUUUGGAACAAAAACCUCAUUUUGAGUCAUCAACUGUGAAGACAGAAACCAUGAGUUUUGGCAGUGCUUCACCAGGAGGAGUAAAGCUAGAUAUUUCUACCAAGGAAUUGCCUGUAGUUCACACAGAAACAAAAACCAUCACAUAUGAAUCAUCACAGGUUGAUCCUGGUGCUGAUUUGGAGCCGGGCGUGCUAAUGAGUGCACAGACGAUCACAUCCGAAACCACCAGCACAACCACUACCACCCACAUCACCAAAACUGUGAAAGGAGGCAUUUCAGAGACGAGAAUUGAGAAGCGAAUAGUCAUCACAGGAGAUGCGGACAUUGACCAUGACCAGGCGCUGGCUCAGGCAAUUAAAGAGGCCAAAGAGCAGCACCCUGACAUGUCAGUGACCAAAGUAGUGGUCCAUAAAGAGACUGAGAUCACACCAGAAGAUGGAGAGGAUUGACCCAGGAAUAACUUAGCCUGCACAUGAAUCCAGUCAUGCAAAUCACUAAGAAAACCCGAGCCUAUAUGGAGUUCCCUCUUCUAACCCGACUGACUUGUAUCUGCCGGUGGAAAAUUUCAAUCAGGAAGAACUGACCUUGACCAUUAAUAAAGACACUGGCAGAGAGAUCUUCCCAUAAUAAAGCAAUCCGAAUCAGCAUCACUAAACUGAUAUUGCAUGAAGCAAAGAUAAAAUUAUAAAAGAGCAACAUUUUUAAUUUUCACAAAGUGUCUAAGUUUUCAGCUAUACCUGCACGUUCAUAACCAACAAUAUAAACCGUGAUCUCAUGUAACACAUAAACAAAUUCAUGCCUUUCAUAGUUUAUUAUUAUUAAAGUCUAAACAAAAUUGCAAUUUCUUAGGUGACAGAUCUUUUGUUUACAGAUAAAUGAAGAUUACCCUAAAAUUCUAGAAGCUGUCUAGGUCUGAUGUGUCAGGUUUAUCCCAGAUUAGAUGUGCCAAUAACCGAGUUUAUUCAGUAAACAACUUGAAUCUUGUACUUGUUUCAUCUGGUUUUAUUAUUCUGACCCAUGAACAGUAACGACUCUCUGAUCUCUGGAAAUAUUUAAUGCUUACAAUCCUGCUUUGUGUAUCUAAUUUAAUUUGUUAGAAGGUAGUACUUAUUUUAGCAAUUAAUGUGAUUUCUUCCAUGUUGUCCACUUUGGUCUGUAUUCAAUCUGGAAACCUUCCCAGAAUUACCUAACAAGUCCUAAAUAUGUCAAUUGUCAUUAUUUUGGGAAGAAAAUCUGUAUUUUUGUUCGUUUGCAAUAUUAUGAAAUUUCACUCCAGAAAAACCUGUUGGGCUUCUGUUGCUUUGUUUUCUUUUUUUGUUUCUUGUAUUUUUAAAUGAUUUUUCUUCUUUUACUUGAAAAAAAGUGUUUUAUUUCCAAAUCCGGUCCAUAUUUACAAUCUAGUUCAGAGCCAAGCCUUAAACUGUACAGAAUUUCCACUGUAAUUAAACUAUUUAGUGUUUAGUUAUAUAUAGCCUUCAAAAAGUUAUAUUCUCCAUUACACUGUCAAUUGCAUCACACAGCCCAUGGUGAAUGUAUGUUUCUGCAUAGCAAAAUAAAAAUGGUAAAUGCAUUUAAAACUCUAGUUCUCU